CUCUAAAUUCUCUGUUUCCAAAAAUUUGUCUUUUGCUCACCUGCUACGCACGUCCUCACUGUCAGCUCGCAAAAUCAAAAGCUUUCUCGACAAGUAUCCCUAAAAAAAGAACAAGAACAAAAAGCUCCCUACGAGUGAGUCAUGGCUCGUUGGAGUCAGAAAUUUAGUGUGUUCGAGUUCGACGAAGAAGAAGACAAAGUCGAGAAGGAGUCUGCGAGGUUCGUCGGCAAAUUUCGGAUCCAAAAGAGAAGACGAAACGGCAACAACAAGGACGACGACACUUCUCCUCGCACUAAGUAUAAGUCUCUUCAGUGCUUUGGAGGAUGUACUGGGGCUGUAAAAAUAGAAAGUAGCAAUGAACCUAUUGAUAUAGAUGAUGAACCAAUCGAUGUUGACUGUGGAGUUGCAGGAGAGACCAAUUCCUUAUGCAAGGGAAACAGUAACGAAGUAGUAGAUAUCGAUCCUACUGACGUGGAGGGUCAAUGCCAAUAUUCUGUUUCAGCUCCUGCUUGCAUGCCACAAGAAGAUUGUUCUGUCAAGGAGAUUUCUCGGCUGGAUAGGUUAUUCAGUUUCUCAAAUUAUGAGAAUGAGUCAGUUGGUAGGAUUUCGGAUAAUAAUGUUGGGAUUGAAAUGAGCUCAUCCACUUCUGUCUCUACUCUUGUGGAGAAUGCAGGAAACCAAGUGCUAGGGUGUGGUUCUGUUGGACAUAAAAUUGAUUACACAAAUAAUACAGUUGCUGUUUUCCCUGACUAUAUCCUGUGUGGCGAUGUAUAUGGUGCAGAGUAUUGCUUAACUUUCUCAGGAAGCAGCAUCAGAAUGGAGGGUUCAACUGCAAAUGGGGUCAAGGGAAUGUUUAAUGCUGAGUGGACACUUGAUGAUAUUAUUAGUAUUGAGUCAGAAUGGUGUGGAAUGGUUACGACUGCUAUGGUUUAUAUCUGUUUUAAAUCAAAGGUUUCUCAAGGAGCUGGAAAUACAAAUGAUACUUCAGGUGUUGACAAGUUGAAGUUUUCAGUUUGUGAUCCUCUUUGGAAUGAAGGAGAGGAAGCAAUCAAAUCAUUGCAUGUCAGAUACAGGGAUAGCUGGAAUGUUACUUCUGACUCUGAUUGGAAAAAUGAUGGAAAUGCCUUUUUUGGGCACAAUGGGAUGGUCAUCUCAAAGUCUUAUUUUCCUGUUCUUCAUGAGACAUUUGAAGAGGUUAUCUAUCCUAAAGGUGAUCCUGAUGCUGUUUCUAUUAGUAAGAGAGAUGUGGAGCUUCUACGCCCAGAGACAUUCAUCAAUGAUACCAUCAUUGACUUUUAUAUCCUCCUCUAUAGUGAUCAACAUAGGGUUUUUUUCCCCUCUCUCCUGAGAAAGAAGUACAUUUGGGAUCAAAAGUUGAGGUAUUUAAAGAGUAAACUUAAGCCUGAGGACAAGCAUAGGUUCCACUUUUUCAAUAGCUUUUUCUUUCGGAAGCUUGCUGACCUAGACAAGGGCCCAUCUAAUGCUUGUGGAGGCAGGCUAGCUUUUCAACGUGUUCAUAAAUGGACAAGAAAAAUGAAUCUUUUCGAGAAAGAUUACAUUUUCAUUCCUAUAAAUUACAGUCUUCACUGGAGUUUGAUUGUCAUUUGUCAUCCUCGAGAAGUGGUUCAUUCCAGAGAAGAUGAAGGCAGAAAUUCAGUUAAGGUACCAUGCAUCUUACACAUGGAUUCUAUCAGAGGAAGUCAUAGGGGCCUCAAGAAUCUUAUUCAGAGUUAUCUUUAUGAAGAGUGGAGAGAAAGGCAUAAUGGGACAGUGGAUGAUACAUUGUCAAAGUUCUUACAUUUACGGUUUGUCCCACUUGAGCUUCCACAGCAGGAAAAUUCAUAUGACUGUGGCCUGUUUGUGCUCCAUUAUGUUGAACGUUUUCUUGAGGAAGCUCCUAUUAAUUUCAGUCCUUUCAGGAUAACAGAGUUUUCAAACUUCCUUAAUAGAAAUUGGUUUCUACCUGUGGAGGCCUCUCUGAAAAGGGCAUGCAUCCAGAAGUUGAUCUGUGAAAUUCUUGAAGAUCAGUCAUCUACCCAAUUUUCUGAUCCAGAUGAAGAAGAAACUGGAGUUGAGUUUCUUGAGGAGAUAUCUAGUUCAGUAUCUGGUACUGAUACUGAUACGGGGAUUAAUAUCUCAGUCACAACGAAAUCUCCAAUGAGAGUUGCACAUCAACAACAACCUGGAGAACUAGGAUUGAAUUCCUUUUCCAAUGAAGAUUGCUGGCAGACAGGAACAAUUCAUGGGAGCAGUUGCAUGUCACCAGUAGAGCGAAUCUCUGAUUCAUCAUCAGACACAGGAGAUUAUUUGCAACAUACUGGCUUGGCAACUGAAUUUCUCCCAACCAUGUUUUCUCAUAAAAAUCGUAGAUCUCUCGGUUCAUCAUCAAGCAAUAAGAAAUAUAUGCAGAUUGAGGAACCUUAUGAUGAUUCCAGUUCUGAAGCAUCUAUCAGUGGAUCCCUUAAAUCAUCAGAGAUAGGGUUAGGGGUUGAUGAAGAUCAUUUUCUUUCCCAGAUUGAGGGAUCUGAUCAUCAAACACAAACUAAUUGCCAUGAACUAUCUUCAAAAUCAACCGAGCCUGAGGAAGUUGCUGAUUGUGUUGUUGAGGACUCUGAAGAGGGAAACAGCAUGUACAACGACCAGGUGGCAAAUAAUUUACCAUCCUCCCUUCAUUGCAAUGACCUUGUAUCAUUCCAUCCUCCCUUCAUUGCAAUGACCUUGUUGCAUCAAUUGAUGCCAUUAAGGCUACCGAAAACAUUUUGCGAAAAGUCCGGAAACCUGUGUGCAAUGUAG